CUCCCACCCAACCCUCAUAUAAUUGUUUCUCACUCUUUAACCUCCUUCAGUUUCCAUUUUCCAAUCAAAGUCUCUUAUUCCUCUUUGUAUUAAUUUUUUCCUCUUCUCCCUUUUCAUUUUCCGGUGGCAAUUCAAAUCGCACUCUUUGCGUUUGUGCUGAUCCACUGUGAAUGAAAAAAACAAAACUAAGAGAGAGAAGAGAGAAAAAUUACAACAACAUUAUUAUUUAUUGUAACUAAUUAGCUAAUUAAUUGGUUAUUAAAAAUUAUAAGGCCAUGUUUGGCGAAACCGUUCCGCGACCACAGUUCAUGCAAUCGGAGCCGAGAAUGUCGACGACGGAGGCGCUCACCGACGACGAGUUCACGAUGCAAAGCAGUAGCACGGCGUCACCGAUGAGCCCUUACUACUACGAGCAGGGAAGGUUAAGCGGCGAAGGCUCGCCAAUGACGAUGUCACCGUGGAACCAGACAACGAACUCCCCAUUCUCCAAACCUCAAUGGUCUCAAGAACAAAACAGCGUCCCGCAAAACGCGCUCGUAGGUUCUCUUGUCCGAGAAGAGGGACACAUCUAUUCGCUUGCUGCUUCCGGCGAUCUUCUGUACACCGGUUCCGACAGCAAGAAUAUUCGUGUCUGGAAGAACCUCGAGGAAUAUUCCGGGUUCAAAUCCAACAGUGGUUUGGUGAAAACCAUAAUAUUGUCUGGUCAGAAGAUCUUCACCGGUCACCAAGACGGCAAAAUCCGCGUCUGGAAGGUCUCCCCUAAGAACCCUAGCUUACACAAACGUGCCGGCACGUUGCCAACGCUUAAAGACAUCUUCAAGAGCUCAAUUAAGCCCAGCAACUACGUCGAGGUUCGACGACACAAAACGGCGUUAUGGAUCAGACACUCCGAUGCCGUUUCGUGUUUGAGCCUUUCAGCAGACAAAACGUAUUUAUACUCCGCAUCGUGGGACAGGACAAUCAAGGUGUGGAGGAUUUCAGACUCCAAAUGCUUGGAAUCAAUCCACGCCCACGACGACGCGGUGAACGCCGUCGUGUGCGGGGACGGGGGCGUGAUGUUUUCCGGCUCGGCGGACGGCACCGUCAAGGUGUGGCGGCGGGAGCCGCGAGGGAAAGGCCUGAAGCACGCCCCGGUGAAGACUCUGCUGAAGCAGGAGUGCGCGGUGACGGCGCUGGCGAUGGACGCGGCGGGGGGGUCGAUGGUGUACUGCGGCGCCUCCGACGGACUGGUGAACUUUUGGGAAAGCGACAAGAAUUACGCGCACGGUGGGGUUUUGAAGGGCCACAAGCUCGCGGUGCUGUGCCUCACCGCAGCGGGGACGUUAGUGUUCAGCGGUUCCGCGGAUAAGACCAUAUGCGUGUGGAAACGCGAGGGUUUGAUUCACACGUGCAUGUCGGUUCUCACGGGCCACGACGGUCCGGUGAAGUGCCUCGCCGUGGAGGAGGACCGCAAAGCCGCCGCGAAAGGUGACCGGGAACGGCUUUGGAGUUUGUACAGUGGGAGUUUGGAUAAGUCGGUGAAGAUUUGGAGUGUUUCCGAAUCAAUGAAUAAUGAUAAUAAUAAUAACAAUAGUAAUGAUCAGGUGAGGCACCACCGCAUGGCAUCUGAUGCGGACUCGUUGCCUUCUGUAUCAGAUAGUAGUUUCUCUUCGGGCAGGACCAAUGGGAGGAACUGAGAAUGGGCCACGUGUCUUUAUGAGAUGAUUGAGCAUUUGUGUUUUUUUUUUUUUUUUGUGAUUGAUUGAUUGAUUGUGAGAGAUUGUGGUCGAAGAUGUUUAUGAAAUUUGAUGUAAUAUAAUGUAAUUUGUGUAUGAAUGAACGGAUGAGGUAGUUAAAGAAA